AUGUCUGCCUCGCCCUCGGGUGCGCAGAAACGCUCAUUCACAGUCAAACGGCUCAGGAACCCGGCCUUCCAGCGGCAUAACUGGCCGAGGGAGUUGUUGAGAACCUACCAGAAGUACCGGAUGCCGAUUCCUCAGGAGUUGCUCAGCUUCGUGGGAGACCAGACAGGAGAGGGCCUGCUGUCCGGGGCCUCGACCGGUGGCGGCGGUAAGCUCGAGCAGCCCAGCCGUGCUGACGUGUCCGGCGUCGGCUUGGUCGCGGCGACUCCAGUCAACGAAGAUGCUGAGUACGUCUCGCCCAUCAAGGUCGGCGGCCAGACCAUCAACGUUGCUCUCGACUCCGGCUCGGCCGACCUCUGGGUGUUCAGCAGCCGCCUGCCUGCGUCCGACCUUGUUGGCCAUCAGGCCUACAACUCCUCCCAGUCGUCAUCCUUCCGCUCGCUCCCCGGGGCCAACUUCUCCAUCCUCUACGCCGACGCCACCAGCGCGUCCGGCGACGUGGGAACCGACACCGUCGACGUGGGCGGCGCCACAGUGACGAGCCAAGCCGUUGGGAUGGCGACCAGCGUGUCGUCCGCCUUCGCUGAGGACACCAACCUCAGCGGCUUGCUUGGCCUCGCCUUUUCCCAGCUCAGCACCAUCAAGCCGACCAAGCAGAAAACCUUCUUCGAAAACGUCAUGCCCUCGCUCGCCGAGCCCGUCUUCACCGCCGAUCUGCGCAAGGACGCCGCCGGCGCCUUCGAAUUUGGCCGCAUCGACGGCUCCAAGUUCGUCGGAGCGCUCUCGUGGGCCCCGGUCAACACCUCCAGCGGCUUCUGGCAGGUGUCGACCCGCGGCUUUGCCGUGGGCAACACCCAGACCAGCCUGCCGGCCGCGGACGCCAUCGUCGAUACGGGCACUACCAUAAUGCUGGUGUCUGAGGAGAUAUCGGACGGCUACUACAGCCAGGUCCCCGGCGCCCAGCUGACGCCGGCCGCCGCCGGCAUGACGUUCCCCUGCAACGCCACUCUUCCGGAUCUGCUUGUCGAUGUCGACGGCGUUUACACCGCCAGGGUCAAGGGUACCGACAUCAACUUCGGCCCGCUCAACAGCACCGAAUGUUUCGGCGGCAUCCAGCGUACCACGAACAAAUUGCAGGUCUGGGGCGACGUCUUCAUCCGGUCGCAGUUUGUUGUCUUUCACGGCGGCAACCAGUCACUGGGACUGGCACCGCACGUCUGACCGACCAACCCGUUGGUGCUGUACCGUUGGCUACCAUAUUGUACGUACCGAUGCCCGAGCGCAACCUGAGAAGUUGGCAAAUAUAGCUACUGCAGCGGGGUACAACCUAGAAGAACAGCGGAUGAGCGAAGCAGCUGGCUAUGACAAAGAUUUCAACGAC